AUGAGAUUAAGAAGACUGUCCACUAAGUACAGAACUGAAAAGAUUUAUCCUACAAUCACUGGAGAGAAAGAAGAAAAUGUUAAAAAGAACCGAUAUAAAGAUAUUUUGCCAUUUGAUCACAGCAGGGUUAAACUUGCACUGAAAAUUCCUCCCCAUGAAUCGGAUUACAUCAAUGCAAAUUUUAUCAAGGGUGUAAAUGGGCCUGAAGCAUACAUAGCAACCCAGGGGCCUUUAGCAAAUACUGUAAUAGAUUUCUGGAGGAUGAUCUGGGAAUAUAACGUUGUUAUAAUUAUAAUGGCUUGUCGUGAAUUUGAAAUGGGACGGAAAAAAUGUGAGCGUUAUUACCCAAACUUUGGAGAACAGCCUUUAAAAUUUGGGCCGUUCCAUGUUUCUUGUGAGGAAGAACAGUCGAGGAAGGAUUACUUUGUUAGAACACUUAUAUUGGAGUUUCAGAAUGAAUCACGUAUAAUUCAUCAGUUCCAUUAUGUGAACUGGCCAGAUCAUGACGUUCCAUCAUCCUUUGAUUCUAUCCUGGACAUGAUCAGCUUAAUGAGGGAUUAUCAGGCCCACGAAAAGGUUCCAAUAUGUAUACAUUGCAGUGCCGGAUGUGGAAGGACAGGUGCUAUUUGUGCAAUAGAUUAUACAUGGAAUUUGCUGAAAGCUCGGAGGAUUCCUGAAGAGUUUAAUGUUUUCAGUCUAAUUCAAGACAUGAGGACACAGCGACAUUCGGCAGUCCAGACUAAAGAGCAGUAUGAACUUGUGCAUCGUGCUAUAGCACAGCUGUUUGAGAAGCAGCUCCAAGUGUACGAGAGUGAAGCUACGAAGACUGUGGAUGGCUUGGAUGAAAAUACUGAUGACCCAAUUAGUUCUGCAGAAAAUAUGAAAACUGACUCUCCACCACCAAAGCCACCACGUAUUCGGAGCUGCCUUGUAGAAGGAGAUGUCAAGGAAGAAAUCUUGCAACCUCCAGAGCCUCUUCCUGUGCCACCAAUUCUGACACCUUCACCUCCUUCUGCUUUUCCAACUGUGACUACGGUGUGGCAAGAAUGUGCUCGCUCUCAUCCAAAACCUGUUUUGCACAUGGCCUCCUCAGAAAAUGCAACAGACAUGAAUGAGAACUAUAACAAAUCUGCAGAUGUUACAGGAAAGAAUGAGCCCAAUGUUGAGAAGAAGCUAGAGCGUAAACUGAGUAUUGAAAUAAAGAAAGUACCUCUUCAAGAAAGCCCUAAAAGUUUUGAGACAAGUGCAGGUUUGCAUAGAGGACUUGGCAUCAAAAUUAAAUCUGCUUCAUCUUAUUCCAUUGACCAGUCACCUAAAACUCAAGCAUCCAGUUCUUUGGAGUCUCUAGCAGUUAUAUCUUCAAACUCUUGUAUUGAUUGUAGGAGUUUGAAACCUGCUAAAACAUUAGAUGAAGCACCACCUCAGAGAAGCUCAGACAGUCUAACCAGGCCAGACCAUCUUCCUCUCUGUGUUUCUACUGCUUUGGGCAAUGAACAUGCAAACUGUAAAAAUGUGUCUGACUCUGCAGACAAACAUUUAGAAGCAUCUUCCUGUGAUAGUAAGACUGUAUUAAAUAGCAAUUUCCUUACAUCUCAGAUAGGGGGUCAGGUUGAUCACAAGACUCCUUCACUUCAAGCACCCUUAUCCUUUACUAAUCCUCUUCACUCUGAUGAUUCUGACACAGAAGGGGAUUCUCAUCAAUCCAUGACAAAAAGCUUAUCCAAUAUAUCAACCGCAAGUGCCACAGUGUCUGCAGCCACUGCCUCUGAAAACCUAUCAACUAGAAAAGUAUUGCCCAUGUCUAUCGCAAAACAUUCCAUCUCUCAAAAAGGUAGGGACACUCCAUUAUCUGUGCUUUUCUAA